AUGGUGACAGUAACUAUUCUGGGCGCUGGCGUUACGGGCUUGAGCAUCGCAAGCCAGCUGCCCUCCACUUACCAGAUAAAUAUUCUAGGACAGCACCUCCCGGGAGAUCCCUUUGACAAUGACUACACGAGCCAAUGGGCAGGGGCUUGCUGGGUUGGGGUGCCCAUGUCCAGCCCCCGAGAUCAGCGCCUCCAGCUGGAAUCAUUUGCGGUGUUGUGGCGUCUUGCCAAGAUCCAUCCCGAAUCAGGUCUGAGAAGAAGCAAAAUGACUGAGAUAUUUGAGUAUGGGGCUCGUGAGGAUAUUUGGUACUCGUCAAAAAUUCCAGGUUUCAGAUGGCUGGAUACCAGUGAACUGCCUGCAACGGCCAGGUUCGGGAUGGAAUAUCAGACGGUUUGCAUUUCACCGCCCGUAUUCUUGUCAUGGAUGAGACAGAGGCUCGAGACCAGAGGAGUCCAGUUUCACUAUAGCAAUGUACGUUCUUUGGCAGAGCUAAGGGACUUCGGCCACGAUGUUCUUAUCAAUGCCACUGGCGCACGAACGAAGGACCUCAAAGACGUGGAUGAGCCAAAUCUUGUCCCCUACCGAUUGCAAUCCCUCGUUGUUAAGAAAGAUUACGACGAGUGCUAUAUUUACCGCGGAAAUAGGGGAUACUAUUUCAACAUGUUUGGCAGGCCUGAUGGCACCACGUACAUUGGAGGGAUCAAGACAUUGGGUGUGAAUGACCGCACGGUAUACGACGAAGACCGUCAGACAAUUCUGACGCGUGGACAUGAAAAAUUGCCCUCAAUACUUCCAUCCCCAAAUCCGGAUGAUUACGAAAUUCUGUACGACAUCGCGAACACGUACGAAUUCCGGCCUCAGGAGAAAGGUGGAGUUAGACUAGAGAAGGAGGUUAUCGGCGGCCAGAAGGUUGUGCACGCAUACGGCCAGGAGGCAGGAGGAUAUUGCUAUAGCUUUGGCGUUGCGAAAGAAGCCUCGGAGUUGGUGGCUGAAUACAUCUUUGAGAUGCCGCCAAACAGUCGAAUUUGA